UCUGCAGAACAAUGAAAGGAAAUGAGUCCUCCUGUGCAAAAGACCCCAAGACCUCAAUUUCUGCAGUGACAGCAACACCUUCCCACUAUAUGAGGACCAGGCUUGACUGUGUUGAGCUUAACCCCCUUCCACUCUAAAGAGAAGAACCUCUACCCCUGUUCCGCCAUGGCUGUUAUGACCCAGCUGUUGCUGGCUGCUCUGUCACCAUACCUGGCACUCUCUGCGUAUUUGGACGUGGGCAUAGUGAACGGCACAGAGGCUAAACCCCACUCCAGACCCUACAUGGUUUCUGUUCAAAAAGAUGGGCAACACAUCUGCGGUGGCUUCCUCGUGUCUGAACACUUCGUCAUGACAGCUGCACACUGCUGGAAAGGGGAGAAGAAGCUAACGGUCGUGCUUGGUGCUCAUGAUUUGUCCAAGAAAGACCCUGCUCUGGUCCAUAUGACAGUCAAGUUCUACCAUGUCCAUCCAAUGUACAACUCAAACACGCUUUCCGGUGACAUCAUGCUGCUACAGCUAAACAAAAAAGCUAAAAAGAGCAAGAGAGUCAACUGGAUCUCCAUACCAAAGAAAGAGGCAGCUGUCAAGGCCAAGGCGUGCAGUGUGGCUGGCUGGGGGAGACAAGCAGACAAGGGCCCUGUCAGUGUAUGUCUGCUGGAGGCAAAUGUCAGCGUCCUUGACAAAAAGAUAUGUCAGCAAUGGACCCGCCCAUCCUCCAGCAUGCUGUGUGCUGGAGGUCCUGAAGGAUUUUGUCAGGGAGACUCUGGGGGUCCUUUGGUGUGUAAGAAUACUGCAGUUGGCAUCGUUUCUUUCUAUAUAGGAAAGUGUACAGCCCAGUCCAGGUUGAAUGUCUACACCCAGAUUUCCAAAUUUCUGCCUUGGAUUAAAGCUCUUUUAAAAAGGUUUGAGUGUCUUAGCAGAGGCGAGAUGUUUACGAUGAGAGCAAUGCACAGACUUCUGCUAGCUGCCGCUCUGAGCUCCCUCGCAUAUAACGCCACGUAUGGCGGGAGUAUCAUUCAUGGGGUAAAAGCCAAGAAGAACACACUGCAGUUCAUGGCAUCGGUGCAGCUCAACAGGAAACACAUUUGCGGAGGAUUUGUCAUCGACUCCCGCCAUGUCCUUACUGCUGCCCACUGUAACAAGAGUGGCAACAUGAGCGUGGUCCUCGGUGCUAAAAACAUAAAAGCGCUGGCUGAAAAUCUGCAAAGAUAUACAGUGAAGAAGAGCUACAUAUACCCAUCAUAUGAUAAUCCCAAAACUGGUGGGGACAUUAUGCUUCUAAAGCUUUCCAAGACCAUCGCAAGGAAUAAAAACGUGAAGAUCAUCCAAAUCCCGAGCAAGGACAAACAAGUCAAAGCCAACACAAAGUGUCUGAUUGCAGGAUGGGGCAAAACAGAAACUCAAAACACAGUGGAUGACCUUCGCAUGACUGACGUGCGGACUGUAGAUUUAAAACUCUGCCAGAAGAAGUGGAGAGACAUGAAUGUUGAACUCCCAGCCGCAGCACUGUGUGCAGGUGGUUACAAAACCAAAAGCGGAGCAUGCCAGGGAGACUCUGGUGGGCCGCUGGUGUGUAAUAAUGUAGCAGUGGGCAUCGUCUCCUUCAACUUUAAGCGAAAUUGUGACUAUCCAAAUCUGCCAAACGUCUAUACUGAGAUUUCAAAGUACAGAGACUGGAUUAAAAAAAUUAUUGGGCAAAGAGUUUAAGGGGUUUUCCCUUCGUGUUGCUUUGCCUAAUUUUAUGUCAUUGUUGUUUACAAAUGUAUAAGUCCAAAAUAAAGGUACACAAUCAAAACAUGUCAGUUCUUUGAGUUUGUCGUAAAGGUAGAAAUAUUCAGUCAGAAUCCUCUCCGGUACUGAAAACGUAGUAGAGGGAGAGUAAUAUUGUGUUACAAGUAUAUCAAGAACAUCAAUUUAAUGUAGAUUAUUAAUAAUAUGGUCAGGCUUAAUGAAAAUUCAACAUUGAUCAAAUUCAAUUUACUCAGUCAUCUUAUGCAGCCUGAUGGAAACCGAAACUUAAAACAAUACUUCGGAAUUGUGAAAGAAACCCACAAUAAACACACCAUAUCACCACAUGAAUCACUUUUGCUGCUUUUAUGAGUAUGAGAAAGGCUAUUAAAUGUGCACAGCACAGGCUUUCCCUUACUGCAGAACACACUAACCCCAAAACAAAACAACUACUAUGAAGAAAAUUAAUCUACACUAUAUGGUUAGACGUACAAACCACGUGCUAUAUGAGCUUGUUGGACAUCCCAUUCCAAAACCAUGUGCAUUAAUAUGAAGUAGGCUCCACGUUUGUCCAGCCUCCUCUCUGGAAUGGAUUUCCACAAGAUUUUGGAGGGUGCAUGUGAGACCUUGUGCCCAUUCAAAUCAAAAGAGCAUUUGUGAGGUCCAGCACUGACGUUGGACAAGAAAGCCUGGCUUGCAAUCAACUUCCCAGUUCAUCUCAAUGGGGUUGAGAUAAAGGCUGCUGGAGUUCCUACACACCAUGUCAAACCAUGUCUUUGUGGUACUUGCUUCAUUCAGGGGUACACUAACACUGUUACAGGAAAUGUCCUUUCCCAGGCUGCUGCAACAAAGUGGGAAUUAUUUGAAAAUAUCUUUGUAUGCUGUAGCAUUACCCUUUGCUGAUAUCAGUCUCCGCCAUUUACCCAACCCAGACUGUCCAGCAGACUACCAGAUUGUGAAGUAUGCCUCAUCGCUCCAGAGAUGGUUUAGUGACGGUAUGAUUUACCCCACUCCAGCAGAAGCUUGGCAUUGUGCAGCUUCUUGGCCAUGGAAGCCCGUUAUAUGAGACUCCUGACAGUUCUUGUAAUGUUGCUUCCGGGGGUAAUUUGAAACUCAAAGUGAUGCAACAGAUAAGCCAUUUUUUCAUGGUGCACGGUGCUGCACUCAUCUCCCCCCUGUGAGUUUAUGCUGUCUGCUGCUUUGUGGCUGAGUCAUUGUUUUGCAAACAGACUUUCAUUCUGCAAUAGCAGCAUGUGCAAACGUUUCACAAAUUGACUUGUGACAAAGAUGCAAUUAAAACUACUGAGCUCUUCAGUAGAGUGACCCAUUUUACUGCCAGUGUUUGUCUAUGCAGCUUGCAUGACUAUGUCCUUUACUACAUACACCUAUUAAGACUGUGUGUGGCUGAAACUACUGAAUUAAAAACCAACAAGGGAUGUCCACAUAGUGUAUAUCAUCACAAAUGUUUAUACAAUGCCUGUGAUGGCUGAAACAAAGCACUUGACCUUUGAGCACUGCUUUCAUGUAGGAUUAUAUCACACACGUGCACGCACAGGGCCACAUGAGCUCUAAUAGGAAGACUUGAUACUAGAUAGCUACAAAGGACACUAGUCAUAAGCAUGGUAAUGCUACUGCCACACUUCUUUGAUAACAUUUUAUAAUGCACAUACGCAAGCGUCUAAAACAUUAGGACUGCCUAUCCUAUAUCUCAGACAACUACAAAGACUAAGACCAGAUGAGACUUAAGUAUUUUGGGGCCAUUUUUAUAUUCAGAAAUAAUGUCAAAUCACAAAGUAAAAUUCAGUUAUUAAUGAUGGAGUGUUUACAUAAUCUGGUUUUAUCUGACACAGUCUGGCUUCUGUUAAGUCUACACUGGUUGAGAACAGAAGAAACCAGUGAUGAAUAACAACGCAUUUACAAAUGACACUAAUUAUGGAGUAACACCAGCAAAAACUUCUCCAUAGGCACGCUAAUUAAAACUAGUGUGGUGAUAACAGUCUGCUUUAACUCCAAUAGGACUGCGGGUUAAUACUUAUCCAUCUUGACUCAGUGCACCUCUGCAAGCAUGAUUCAACAUUCUUGCAGUGUGAACAAGAGCUUGUAGAAUAAUGGCACAUUAUUCUGGUACAUAAUGGCACAUUAUUCUGAUGCCUAAAGGAGGCAAAUCACACAACUAAACACCUUAUAAUAUCCAUUUAUGAACAGUAUUCAGCCAACACCUGCUCUGUGAACAAAAAGAGGUUACAACCUGUGGUCCCCAAAUAGGCAUGUUGCAACUCACCACUUGUGCACAAGUGGCUGCCUCUUGUAAAUAAGCGCCAUUUAUGUUG